AUGGUAUGUACAUACCUUACCCACCCACCACCUACCCUUUUCCCCCCCUCCUCACCCACCGCCAAACAAAGCUCCCGACUAACCUCCCCCUCCCUCUCUCUCUCCCCACAGCCACCACCCAAAAAACGCGGCAACCCUCCCGCCCCGGGCCCGGCCGCGGCCCCGACCCCGGCCCCCCGCCGCUCCAAGCUCGCCAAAGAGCACGACCUGACGCCGUCGCAAGAAUCCUCCAUCCGCGACGCCUUCGGCCUCUUCGCCCGGCGCCACGAGUCGUACCCGCACACGACCGUCAUCCGCGCGUCGGACGCGCGGCGGGUCAUGAUCGCGCUGGGGUUCGAGAUGCUCGGCGGCGAGGAUGUCCGGGAGAUGCUCGAGGUGCUGGAUCCCGAGGGCGAGGGGUGGGUCGCGUGGGAGCAUUUUGUGGGGUAUGCGGCCGUGUGGUUUCAUGCGCAGCGGCACGAGGAGGAGCAGGAGGAGCGGGAGGGACGAGGGGAUGGGGGGAGUGCGAGGGAGGAGGUGGAGAGGGCGUUUCGGCUGUUUACUGGGGGCGCGAUGAGGCCGAUUCGGGUGGCGGAUUUGAAGAGGGUGGCGAGGGAGCUGAGGGAGGAGGUGGAUGAGGAGGUGUUGUGGGAUAUGGUGGUUGAGGCGAAUGGGGAGAGGAGGUCGAAGGAGGGGGUUGGGAAGGGGGUGGAGGUGGAGGAGUUUGAGCAGGUUAUGAGGAGGGCGGGGGUGUUUGGUUGA